GCGCUUUUCUUAAAGUUUAUAAACUGAAUAAUCGUGUUACAAGACUCCAGUUACAAGAAUCUAGUUUGAGGCAUUGCGGGAUUUUUCGGCAAAAAUCAGCACAAUGAUCAGGGUACUGAUUUAUUUAUACCUAAUUUAUGUCUCCGCUGCGGACGAACUACGAAGAUUGCCCUGCAAAGCACCGAAGUAUGGCAGUAUGAAAAUUCUCGAAAAUAACAAAGUUAUGUUUGAAUGCGACGACGGCUUCUUUUUGUUGGGACCGAGCGAAGCAGAAUGCAACAUGUCAGCCAAUGAAUUGAUAGGUGUAAAAUCCAUCGGGUGUAUUCCAAUAUUUAAAGGGAAUGCAAGUUGUGGCGACAGGUGUCCAAAAGACUUGAAGUAUCUUCUCGAUAUCUACAUCGGGGAACCAACGGAAGAUCAAAACGAACGGGGUGCAACUGUCAUGGGAUGGUGGGAAGCCGAUAAAAGAUCGAAAGGAUCGACGACUGCCAUGUCUUGCGAUAGAAUAUGCAAGUUAGGGCCAGAUGCCUGCUUCACUCCCAGUCUGAAUAAAAGAAAUAGAGCAAAAAUAAGAUGCCUGAGGUGUAUCUAUAAAAGAGGUUGUGGGAACACUUUUUGGGGAUAAAAUACGGAGUUCAAUGAAGAAACCUUAAAGAUUAUUCAAGAAGACAGGAACAUUUUUAUAUAUUCUGACAAAAUAAUGAAAAAGGUUUUUUUCGCAACAAAGAAUUUUCGAAUAUUCUAAUUACAAAAUAUUAUGAAACAUGCAGUUAAUGAUCCUUUACUUUAAUUUUUACGAAUAAUUACUGUAAAUUAUGAAAUCAGUAAUAUUAAACAGGUCACACAA